CCUGAUGCAGCAUUGGAAUAUGCGGAUCGAUUGCAGUUAUUGCGAAAAGAGCUAAAAAAUCAAUUGCACAUCGUGAUGCGAGUUUAUUUUGAAAAGCCGCGUACCAGUAUUGGUUGGAAAGGUUUAAUUAAUGACUCGGAUUUAUUGGGUCAGUUUAAUAUCAAUAAAGGUUUGAGGGUUGCGCGUAAAUUAUUGUUAGAUUUGGCGAUUAAAGAUAUACCCGCUGCCACGGAAUAUCUCGACCUGAUUUCACCUCAGUACAUUGCUGAUUUAGUGAGCUGGGCUGCUAUUGGCGCACGGACAACCGAGAGCCAAGGGCAUCGAGAGUUGUCUUCUGGCGUGUCGUGCCCGAUAGGGUUUAAGAAUGGUACCGAUGGCAGUGUUGAUAUUGCGAUUAAUGCGAUUAAAGCAGCUGCGCAGCCGCAUCAUUUUUUAUCGGUGACCAAAGAAGGACGUUCAGCUAUUUUUGCAACUAAUGGUAACGAAGAUUGCCAUGUUAUUUUACGGGGUGGCACUAGUCGUGCUAACUAUGACGCCGUAAGUGUGGAAAGUACUGCUAAUAUGCUGCACGCGAAAGAUCUACCUCCUCAUUUGAUGGUUGAUUUUAGUCAUGCUAACUGUGGUGGCGACUAUAAUAACCAAGUUAAGGUGGGUGCUAAUAUCGCCUCACAAAUUUCUGGCGGCAGUUAUGAUGUGUGUGGUGUGAUGAUUGAAAGUCAUCUCGUGGAAGGUCGUCAGAAUGGUGAAGGAAAAAGCAAGGAAAAUUUAGUUUACGGUCAGAGCAUAACGGAUGCCUGUAUUGGU